UCGAAAAAAGAGACAAAAAUGAAAUUGAGGACUCUAGUUUUCUGGUUUUGCCCACCGGCUAAGCAAACUUUUUUACUUUCCCAUUCUCCCAAGUGCCUCAUCUCCUCCGUCUCUCUGGAAACUGGAAAAUUCUUUUGCCCUCCCCACAAUCCGCAUAUAUUUCCCCCGAGAUUAUCAGAGUCUGGUUGACGACGAACAGAUCUUCAUUUGCUAGGAGGAUCAAGCUGAUUAUCCUGCGGUAUUUCAUUUCUGCGUGGGAUUCAUAUAGGUGGUAGGAAUUUUGCAAUUUGGUAUUGACUUGAGGGUUUGAGAAGACGGGUUUCGCCCUAUCUGGAAAUGUCGAGUCAAAAUUAUAAUUCAAGCAAUGCUGGUGAUGCCUGACCGAAAGCCAUUGAUGGAAUAGCAUUGCUCCUUGGACUGAGUUAGACUUGAUUUUCUCUGUGAGGCAAUAGUUACAGUACCCUUCGCAAUGGGGUGGAUUGGAAUUGCUUGUUCUUUGUUUUCACUGUUCACCCUGGUUGAGUCAACAAGUCGGUCAGGAAAGAUUUGGACAUUGAAUUUGGUCUCCGAGAAUGUCACACACAUGACCUGGCCAAUCUUCAGUGCAAGUGUCUUCGUGCUAGUAGCUCUUGUCCUCUCCAUGUACCUUAUCUUUGAGCACCUAGCCUCAUACAACAAGCCAGAGGAGCAGAAGUUUCUGGUUGGACUCAUUCUGAUGGUUCCUGUUUAUUCUCUUGAAUCGUUCUUAUCGUUGUAUGAUUCAAGUGCUGCUUUCAACUGGGAAGCUCUUCGAGACUGCUAUGAAGCUUUUGCAAUGUAUUGCUUUGAGAGAUAUCUGAUAGCGUGCUUAGGUGGUGAAGAUAGCACCAUCGAAUUCAUGGAGACUCAGACUGAUGGUGUUUCCAGCAUGCCUCUUUUGGAUGAAGCAUAUGCUUAUGGGGUUGUUGAGCACCCUUUUCCGCUAAAUUGCUGUCUGAGUCCUUGGAACCUGGGUCGUGACUUCUAUUAUGCUGUGAAAGUUGGAAUUGUUCAAUAUAUGAUUGUCAAGAUGAUAUGUGCACUUCUAGCGAUUAUUCUUGAAGCUUUCGGAGUGUAUGGAGAAGGGAAAUUUGAGUGGUCAUACGGGUACCCCUACCUGGCUGUUGUUCUAAAUUUCAGUCAGAGCUGGGCAUUGUAUUGCCUUGUGCAGUUCUAUUCUGUCACAAAAGACAAGUUGGCGCCUAUUAAGCCAUUGGCCAAGUUUCUUACCUUCAAGUCAAUCAUUUUCCUGACUUGGUGGCAAGGUAUUGCUGUUGCUUUCCUUUUCUCAACUGGAGUCUUUAAGGGCUCUUUGGCUCAAGAGCUGAAGACGCGUAUACAAGACUACAUAAUCUGUAUCGAGAUGGGUGUUGCAGCCGUUGUGCAUCUCUAUGUCUUCCCAGCCGUGCCUUACAAGCGUGGGGAGAGAUGCGUCCGUAAUGUUGCUGUGAUGACCGACUACGCAGCUCUGGGAACUCCAGCUGAUCCAGAGGAGGUUCAGGAUUCGGAAAGAUACACUCGGAUACGCUUGGCUCGACAUGAUGAAAAACAAAAGGCCAUGAACUUUCCCCAGAGUGUUCGUGAUGUGGUCCUGGGUAGCGGUGAAAUCAUCGUUGACGACAUGAAGUACACCGUCUCCCACGUCGUGGAGCCAGUCGAGAGAGGGAUAGCGAAGAUCAACAAGACGAUCCAUCAAAUAUCUGAAAACGUUAAGCGCCAGGAGGAGGAGCGAAAGAGGAACUCCAAGGACGACAACUUCCUGGUACCGUUGAAUUCGUGGACUAAAGAGUUCUCUGAUGCACAUGAAAACCUAGGGGAAGGGAGUGUCAGUGACAGUGGGUUGCUGAACGUGAAGAAGCAGUCAUCACAAUCGAGAACCACGGGAUCAAGACUGAAAAGAGGCAGAUAACGAAGUGUAGCUCUCUGUUUGGAGCUCCGAGUAAUUGCUUCUUUUACAAUGGGUAGAGAGAAGUAUCAUUUGUGCAGCGGGAACUUUUAACCGUGGAUGAAACUUGUACAGGGGGAAGUUGACACGUGAACUGAACCUGAUAUAACAGAUUUACACAAGAGGGUAGCAAAACAUUGCAUCUCAAAUAUGGGAAAUGUGAUGCUUACAGGAGAACUUACGUUAAAGUUUGUACAUUGCCAAGGGAAAUUAAUGCAUUGUCUAAAAUUGCAGCUCGAAACUAGAAUAAGGAAAUAG